AUGUCGCUAGACUGUUCAUCUGACGGUUUGGAAGCCCAAAGGUCUCGAUUGCCUCCAACUCAAAGGAAGUUUUCAUUGACAAGUGAAGAAGAUGCAACAAUGUCCAAAGGACAUACACCCGAUUCAGGCUGCUGUGACGAUAUUAGUGACUUAGACGCUGCCUGCUUAAAUGACAGUGGUGAUGAACGUCUGGUUUCAGAUACUGAUGUACAGAUUAGAAAUAUUGUCUGUGCUAUUGAGGCCGUUUCCUUGGAAAGUAUUACGAGUGGGAUAUCCUCUGGAUCGAGUGCGUCUGAAGACAGACUAGACCUUCUUAGGUGUGUAACCUCCCUCUCAAAUGUGUGCUCACGACCCCCAGCAGAUACUGCAUGGCAUCACAGGAGAAAAGUCAGAUCUGCCGUCAACAAAAAAUCAUCAACGGAUUCUAUGCUGUUUGUCAAGAAAAAAUGUAGUUUUAUUUGUGAUUCAAUAUCAGGUUUGAAUACAUUUCGAGAUCAGCAAAGACGCAAAUCCAUGACUGCAUUUUCUGUUCAUGAUGAAACGAACUCAAAAGUUUCUUGUGAUAAUUCGAAUGAUUGGUGUAACGUUAACUCAUCAGACAAGCAAAGUGAUGUUAGCACCAGACUGAAACAUUGCGCUUCAAACAAAGAAUUACGAAGGACAGAUUCGAAGUAUGAUCCAACUCUUGAAAAGUCUAAGACUUUUCUACACGGACAAGGCAAAACGUUCAGUAGGGCAAACGAAUAUCUAACGCCUGCAAGACCAGGAUUACGGAAGUUACAAGUGAGUUACACUCAGACGAACACAGAAAAUAAUUACAGGAAGAUAUUUUACGACUUAGUCAAAUCUGCUCAUCGACAGAACAUUAUUGUGUCGGAAUCAGUUAGAAAUCUAGAACGAAGAUUGUUCUUCAGACGGAGCGAUCCACAUCGAGCCACCUCUUACUUCGAACACAAAGGCCUACGAGAUCCCUCGAGAUCUUACAGGAAGAAAAUGGCGAGAACAACUGCAGAUAAAAUAAAAGAGAGAAAGGAGAAAAUUAAACAGACUUCUGAUGAGAUUAAGAUAGGCUAUGUUCCGAGAGAACAGACGAUUACACUACCUGGCCCGGAAGAAAUAGAGGAAUUACGAACUUGUAGAUAUCUAAGAGUCCACCCGAAAUUCCAGGAUAUUUAA